UGCCAGUGCACAGCUGGCCUGGGACGACCGCACCGGCUUAAAGGGACACGCAUAGGACUGCUCCAUACUUCACCAUCUCUGGCCCCAAGACCGGAGAACUGCGUGCAGCAGGCAGGGCAGCAAGAGAGCAGGCAGGGCAGCAAGCGGUGAGGGCAGCUCCAUCUACCACGCCCAGACCUCUUGUCUGUACGGAUUCGGUCGUUUAGGUCUUGGCGGGCUUGUGCGAGGUGAGUGGGCAGCCUGAUGGAUGCCUACCAGGCCGCCUCCACGCUCAUCGUCAUAAUCGCGGCGACGGCCUGGAUCCUGCGGCCGCGCAAGCCACCACUACGAGACGCCGCCGAUGCAACGCAAUGGCGCAUUCUCGCGACCACACUGAACUGCGCCGAGCAGGGCUCGGUGCAGGCGCUGUUAGGGGAAGAACAAAAAAGCUCUCUGGAGAAGUGGCUGCCGCGCGGCGCGGACAUGUAUGCGGUGGCGGUCCAGGAGUGCGGCUGCUGGGCGGAGUUGAGGAGGACCGUCGAGGCCCACCUCGGCUCGACGUACGCGCUCGUUUCAUAUGAAAAGAUCGGCGAGAAGCGCGUGCGGGGCCGCAUCGCCGUGGCCGUCUUCGCUCGCAAGUGUGAUGUGGACGACGGUUUAGUGGAAGAAGUCAGCACGAAGAAGAUGCUCAUGGACGUCGGGUCGACCGGCAAGGGCGCGUCGACGAAGGGCGGCGUGUCCAUCGAGGUGCAGGUUGGAGGGCGCUCAUUAUGCUUCUUAGGGGCGCACCUCCCGGCGGACGCCGGAGGUCGCGCCCAGCACACGUUGCGGAACGCCUGCGCUGCAGCUCUCCUAGGUGGCGAUGAUUUCGUGAAGCUGCAGGAGCGGUGCCACGUCUUCUUCCUGGGGGACUUGAACUAUCGGGCCGUGCCUCAUGAUUUGACGCACGCUCGCGACAGUACAUUGAAGCGCGUCGCCUACGCGUCGUCGAAGCCGUCGAAGACCGCCUGGGCCGCCGCGACGCGCGACGACGAGUUGAUUAGAGACAGACGAAGCGGCCGCGCGCUCUGCGGCUUUCGAGAAGCUCCGAUCUAUUUCGCGCCGACUUUUAGAAGGGUGCCGGGCGUCGCGCUGCCCGGUCGGGAGGCCGACGCGGCGGCGCUGUGUGACGCGUAUACGCUGUUCAAGUCGAACGAAGGCGCCGCGACGGUCGAGGAGGCAUUACAACUCGCCCGGCGGAAGCGCUCGCCGCCGGCGCAGGCGGCGUCGGCCGCGGGCCUGCGAUAUCCGUCCUGGACGGAUCGGGUGCUCGUGGCGUCGCCGCCCGCCGACGACGCGGCGCUCGAGCUCUUAGCGUACGACGCUCCCGAGUUCCCGUUGCAGAGCGACCACCGGCCGGCGCGGCUGCGGUGCGCGCUUUUGAGGGAGCCGCCCGCGGAGACCUACGCCGGGGCGCUGCGGGUGACGCUCGAAGACUUGUGCUUCGAGCCGUCGAGCGACGACGACGCGGCGGAGCUCGACCGGCUCGUUUCUGGCCUCGUGCCCGACGCGCCGGCGCCGGCGCUUGAUACUGUUUCCGUCUCGCUCGGCGCCGCGACGGCGUCGGCGCCCUGGGCCGCGCGCGCCGUGUCGGUGGAGGCCGAGCGCGCGCCGCGCCACUGCGUCGUGGCGCUCGAACUUGGAGCCGCGCUCGUCGCGCUGCCGGCGCGGGACUGGAGCCGGCGCUUCCGGGAGCCGGUCGUGCGCUUCGGCCGGAGCCGCGGCGUGCUCUCGGGGCGUUUGCGCGUCGAGGCGUCUUUUUCUUCCGGUGUCUAA